AAGAGCUAAGAUGAUGUGCGGCAAGGGAUUCGGGAUGAUCCUGGUCCUGCUCUGGGCCACGGCCCUUUUCAGCGACCUUUCGCUGGUGAGCGGUCAAACGGUGGCGCCGCUAACGAGCUCCACCAGUGCCCCGCCCAAAGUGGAGGUCAAGCCCACGAAGCCGAUGAUAGUGAAUGCGCCGCCAAGGAAAAUGGCUCAGCCCGAGCCAGCCAAGUCGAAUGGCAGCAAGCCGCUGCAGGUCACCGGCUUCAUCACCAAGUCGGGCAGCAUCUACGAGAUCGAGGACAAGAACGGCUCCAUCGGCUCGAUCGAGGGUCGCCAGAACGACCAGAUCGUGUGCAACUACGGCAAUGUGGUGAUCUACAGCGAUGUGCCCUGCGACCAGGUGAAGAAUGUGCGUGUGGGCGAGGUCAAACCCUUGAAGGAGGAGCCCGCUAUGGAGGCUACCACCGAAAAGAAUCAGUCGGAGGGCGAGCAGCAGGCGCAGGAGCAGCAAAUGGGCGACAAGGUUGAGGAUCAGAACGAGGAUCAGAACGAGGAUCAGGACCAGAUGGAGGAGCAGCAACAGGAGCAGCAGCCCAAUCAUCCCAGGGGUCAGCAGAACAAUCGUCGGCGUCGUCGCCGCCCCCAGCAGCAGCAGCAAAAGUUGAAGCAACAACGUCGUCGCCGCCAGCAGCAACAGCAGAAGUUGCAGCAGCAACGUCGUCGCCGCAACGGCAAUGGCAACAACAAUCUGCGACGUCGUCGCAACCGCAACGGCAACAACAACAACAACAACAGGAUUCGCCAGCAGCAAAGACGUCGUCGCCCCAACAACAACAGCAACAACAGCAGGAGACGCAUCAACAACAACAACCAGCGACAUCAGCAAAAUCGCCGACAGCAGCAACAGCGCCGCCAACGUCCCAACAGCAACAUCAAUCGACCACAGCAGCAGCAACAACGACGUCGCCUUCGCGACGGCAAUAACUGA